AUGGACCGACUGGAAGCCAAUGACGAUACUGACAUCCCCAUGUGGGAUGAGACGAUAGUACCAGGCUCGAGCGCUGGAAGCGUCAGCUAUCCAGCCAUAAUAGCACGUGAUACCGAAGAUGGACCCCAGUUCCUGUGCAGUUGGCAAGGAGAGGAACCGGGUGUCAAGCUCCGACUUGCACCACUGGUUCAAGCAGGUUGUCACUCCUACCUCGAGCUCCGUUUUGCCAUCCGUUUCCGGGUGCCCUCCCAGGAAGACAGCGUGCUAACGACAGGCCAUGUGUUUCUGACUGCCUUCCAUGUCGCAUCCAUUCGAGCUCAGCCUGUUGUCGCCCAAGGUCAAGAGAAUGCUCCUGCGGGUGCCAUUGUCGCACACCCAUCGCUCUAUGCGCAGCACAACCACCUGCAGGAAGCCAUUAAUGACAAUUCCAUCUGGGGUAUCACGGUUUCCAAGCACCCCGACGUGCAUCUGCAUGCUGCGAACCUCUUUUGCCACCGUUCCUUUGGUGACCAGGACGCUCUGAUUGCUCAAAUCCGCGAGCACCUGGGGAAUCAGCAACUGAGGUUUUUUGUCCGGGGGUAUGAAGUAAACAGGAUACUCCUUCAGCUCAACACACGGCUAUCUGAGGACGCCAACAACAAUCCACUCCGCGCUUGGUAUCCAGGACACCCGAGCAAAGUCUUUCUCCAGAUUGGGGACUACCCGAACCAAGAGAAUCGUCCAGUUGUAACCCGAUCAACGAAGCCGAGCUUUCUCAACUGGGAAGAGUACGUGACUCUCCUUGGCUUCGGGCUGAUCUACGAGCACGAGCACGAGCACGUGGCGAGGCAGAUGCAGUCCCUUGCAGACUCAAUCGCAACCCUUAAGGUUAUUGAGAUACCAGGGGCGGAUUCACGUCGGUAUAUUGGAUUCCUUGAGCUCCCUGAUGAGUUCUGCCUCGACCUACAGCCUGGUGACGCGAUGAAGGUGAACUUCAACGUUGAAGAGCCGGAAUCGCAUACCGACUGGCAUGCGUGUGUAGUGGACUCUCUGCCGAUUGCCCCUCCAAAGGCCGUCACAAUCCUCCUGACUCGACCCUGGGACAAGGAGAACCGGGAAUGGGUGCGCUUCGACGACGACCUAGAACCCUCGGUAAUUUUGAUCGAGGCUCUGGGUUUUAUGCAGAACGCCAGGUCUCGGCUCCUGGCGAGAGACUCGCAGCAAGUGGCGGUGAAUGUCUUGUUCUCCGAGAAACCAUUCCACCGGCAGAUCACUGCCCUACGAGAGCUGCAAAACAAGCGCACGGAGAAGGUGUCGACUUGGUUGACUCUACUAGGCAACAACUUCAUGCAUUUGCAAGCGGUUGAUGCCUAUCAGACCAUCGCGGAUGACUUCUCCGCUCUCGUCCAUCAAUUUCAGUUCAAUCAGGCGCAGCAGGAUGCAUUCGCACGUCUCCGCACCCUACCCGUCUUUCUCCUUUUCCUUGCAUCCAAUAAUCGUCAUACCGGCAGACGGUAUCAAGUCAUGCUCUUAGCACCACCCAACGACGUGGUCAAUGAUCUCGCCAUCGUUGUCCGUUGCCAUGCACUCAGCACUGAGGAGGAUCUUCUAUUGAUGCCGGCGAAGAAGCAGCGUCCCCCGCCGGCCAAUGCCCGACCACCCAUCAUCGCGGAUGAUCACUCGACUCAUGAUGACAGCCUCCUUGCGCAGGUUGCCCUGGCGCAGAUGUUAUUCGACUUCCACCAAGCCCAAACUGCGCAGCCACUGGGCGUCAGUGACCGUCGGGUGAAGCACGUCGAGCUGAGCAUUGGUUAUCGGAUGCUGCAACUUUGCGGCAUCAUUAAAACCUCAUGGUCGACCCCUGACGCAUUCAUCUCCUUCCGAGAGCACUAUCGACUCUACCAGGCGGGAGAGGAAUUCGACGAUACAACCUGGAUGGACUUCCGUGCCCGGAGCAGGGAGCUACGUGACACGGUCCUUGCCCGUGCGGAUGUCAUAUUAUGCACUUUACAUACGGCUGGUGAGACGGCCAUACGUGAUAAUGUGCAGCCCCAAGCCAUCUUGGUCGACGAGGCUGCUCGUGCCAGCGAGCCUGAGCUGUGGCCUGCAUUGGCCUUCUUCAACCCCAAUGCAUUUGUCCUCAUUGGCGAUCACCAUCAGCUUCGUCCUCUUGUGCUCUCAUCCCACAAGCAGAACCCUCUUGCGGACCAGCUCCAGAUGUCACUAUUCUCUCGGCUCCACCGGGAUGGUCUGCAUGCCGUCAUGCUCAAAGAGCAGCACCGAAUGCACGAGAGCAUGGCACAGAUGGUCAGUUCGAUCUUCUACAAUGGCGAGCUGCAGACAAGUCGCGCCACUGCCGAUCAGACCCGUGAGCUAGCCCGCCAGAUCAACCUGUUCAAUCGUCGCACGUUUCGCCACUCGGCCCAAAUGCUAUUCCUCGACGUGAAGGACAGCAUGGACCACCGCGACGCCCAGCAACGUUCUCGUCUAAAUGCGGCACAUCGCAGUGUCGCUGCUGCGCUUGUGAUUCGCCUGCUUUCCCAACAAGUUGCUGGCCCGACUGGAAUCACAGUUCUCACUCCAUACCGAGCCCAGCUCAAGGAAUACCAGGCACUCUUUGCCAUUCUGCAACAACAGCAGCCCGGCCUGCAACUACAUCUCGUACAGCUCAAGACGAUCGACUCCUUCCAGGGUAGGGAAUCGAAUGUUGUCAUACUCGACCUCACCAUUGUUUCCUCCCUGGGUUUUAUGCGGGAGGGCAAUCGCCUAAACGUCGCUCUUAGUCGGGCGAAACAUGCACUCUACAUCAUCGGCAACUACAAAGCUAUGGAUCGACCGGGAGAAAAACAGAAGCCUAGUCCAUUCGUGCGAAGGCUUCUUAAGUAUAUCUCUCAGCACAGGCAUCGGGUGCCAGUCCCCGACAAUCUUACGACCACUCUGCCUGACGCCGCCGUUGAAGAACAGAAUGGUGCGCAGGUGAGUGGGACAUGGGGCGAGAAUGCCAUGGAUGUGGAUGGCACGGCCCAGUCUGGCGCAAGCGGCAACUGGUAG